AUGACGUUCCAGUUGGCCGAGCUUCUCAAUGAGAUGAACAAAAAUGAACCCGACCUCAAGAUCGAUUUCAUUCCUUGGAUCCAGCAUCAUCCAAAUGAGCUCCUCGCAUUGGGAACUAGCAGACAUCCCGACGGAAGGGUCCCGACUCGCUCUAAGAUUGCGGAAAACCCUAGCCUCGGUGCUGCUCCAGUGAUGAGUUCCACGGAGUACAACAACAUCAAAAGCAAGAUGAACACAAUUUUCAAGAAUGAGACACUUCUCAGAGAGAUUCAGAGUGACGUCUGGAAGGUGCACAAGCGAGUGAUGGACGAUGGUUACGACAAAUGGAGCGAGUAA